GCCUCCCUUCUCUUUAUUUUGGGAAGUGACGUCAAAGGCUCAUGAUGGCCGACGAUCUUAGUGAGCAAGAACAAAUAGAAAACGCCUGUUUCUGGUAGUUUACGUCUGAAACGUCUGUACAAUCAGGAAUAUGGCCUACAAGCAAGCAGCAUAUCAAACUCCAAAUCAGAACAAUGGCAUCGGUCUUGGUUCUAGCCACUGUGCACUGGAUGGAGUGCCUUUUAAAAUUGGAAUGGCCUUUCGUCCUCCUCCAAAGGCAAUCCUUCCACCAGAACUUCUUCAAAGGCCUGCACCAUGCCAGGCUCUGCAUGAAGAGUAUACAUAUGACACAGAGGAAGCAGUCUUGGCAUGGGCAAGAGCACGUGAAGAAGCAAAGGUCAAGGCUGCAGCCAAAAAAGAGAUUGGGGAGAAAGCUAAAGCGGCUAUAGCUGCUGCACAGUCAGAGUCUGACUCAUCAGAUUUGGAGGAAGAAACUCCAGCGGCAGCUCCAGAGGAGCCUGAGUCUUUAGGUGAAGACAGUGAAACACACAGUCAGCCUCACCCAUCUAAACUGCCCUGGCAGCUACAAGCAGCAUCCUCCAUGAACAGCAACACCAUUCUGACUCCAAUUACCAUCCUGGCUUCCCAAACCAGCAAGGACAAACUGCGAUCACCACCUGGGGAAGGUAAGGCACAGGUGGACUUGGCAAUGUUUGAGCAAGAGGGAGAUCCAUUUGAAGCUCUUGAACUUCAAACUAUAGAUGAUAUGGAAGAGCUGAGAUGCCUGCUGGGUGGCUCAAACAUGGGAGGAGCUGGUGAAGAGCCUUCGCUAAAUCCUGAUACUCAGACUUUUGCAGUUACCAAUGAGACAGGGGUGACCCAAAAUGAGGAAGAGGUGGUUGGUAAGAGUGGUACUUCUACUCUAGCUAUAUCCAUUGUAGGUGGAAAUGAUGAUAUAAGAAAUAGCUCACAAGAUAAUGAAGAUAGGAGUGCAACUGAAGUGUCAGAAAAAGUAGCUCAGCACCUGUCUGGCUCGAGACUUUUCAUUGAGCCAACUGGUGAAGGGGACUAUGUUCAGAUCAGAUCAGACUACAGCCAGCAGACAGUCAGUUACCAAAGCGAACUGGCAUCAAAACAAACGAACAUCACUGAUCUUAAUGUCAGUCCAGGGUUUUCAGGACAUUCUUCUCCUCUUCCACAACAGAUGAUUGGAAAGUUUCCCAAACAUGUGCUGCCACCAAUUAGAUCCCAUGGACAGAGCAUAGAUACAUCAGCCCUGACUUCAGAUUUUACUGAUGGUCCGAUAAACAACUCGUUUAUCCAACUCGAUGAAUCUAGUGCCAGCAUCAUUCCAGUCUCCUAUGUGGAUGAACCUUUAUCACAAAGUGCAUACACUUUCUCGGGUGCUUCAGUCUUAUUCAGUGUUCACAAGUCACAGCCAGCGGCGGCGGCAAGUCAACACCAAAGCCAGCAGGCAACCACAAAUCCCACCCUCUCAUUUCCUCAUGCUGGGGGGAGCUCCAUGGGCACUGUGCUGGGAAUGGAAAACAAAUAUAAUCCUUUUGGAAAUGGUGUUGUAGAUGGGCCGGGACUGCCUGCAGUUAAUGGUUUUGACGUGGGUAGGAAUGGGGCACUUCGUAGUACACAGAGCACUCCAGACCUCUCCAUAUCUAGAGGAGGAAAUGCAGCUCAGGUUUCUGCAUCACAGACUCAGACACCACAGCUUUGGAAUCCCUACAAACCUCUUCCCCCACCUCCUAGAUCAUACUCCCCUGACCCACGAUCAGGAUCAAGCAGCAGUCCAUCACCUAAUCAACGUGUCAGUCCCAUUCCACAACCUUCAGCUACCUUGAUAACACCACCACCUGAGGCUGACCCCUAUUCUAGUCUUUCUGCUGAAGCCCAGGGUUUUGUUAACACUUUGACAUCCAUGGGUUUCUCACGAUCACGUGCAGCCAGGGCUGUACAAAAGUUUGGUGCAGAUGAAAAAGAGGUUCUAGAUCAUCUUCUUAAUGUGGACAAGCUGGUUGAGAAAAAGUUUAAGCCAGAACUUGCAGAAACUGGGCUGCAGCUUUUCCGAAAUGAUAUCAAAAAGGCUGAGCAAUUCCUUGACUUAUACCAACAGUUCACUGAAUUGGGCUUCACAGGAGAGCGUAUCCAAACAGCUCUAAUCAAACACCAGUUAGACAGAGACAAGGCACUAGACUACCUCACCACGUGACACAUGGCCUGAAUAGGGAUCAGAUCCUCUUCUUGUGGCGUUCAAAUACAGACUUGUCUGAGCUGUGAAAAAUCUUCACAUCUGAUUCGAGAUUGUUUUACUUUUUCCUCCCAGAAUGUCUUGAAACUCUUGGGGAAAGAAUGGUUUUAAGCAAUUUUGCUUUGUUCCUGUGUUUUGUGCAUUUGUUUUGAGGGAAAAGAGUGGGUAGAGAAAAAGGAAGAAUUCUGAAUUGACAGUGUAACAGCAAUUACUCUUUUCCAUUGGGACCGCAUCAACAAGCUGGCUGUGUUGUGAUUUUCAUGCCGUAUUAAAACGACUUUCUUCUUUUCCAAACAUUACCCUACGGUCCUAUCCCAUUUUGAUCUCCUUUCCUUGCAACUUAGUUGUCUCAAACCUAUUCUGUUUUUUUUUUUAAUCAACAUUUCAGUUUUGUCAGCUAUUGAAGUCACAUCUGCUUCAUAACAAUAACUUUUACAAUGUUUAUAUUUUUCAAGUUAUUUUAAACAAUGCCUUUUAUUUAGCCCAUGAAUGUUUAUUUUCAUGCAUCAGCUGCAUGCUUUGAUAUUUUUUUAUGAUCCACUUCAACACCUGUGUUAAAUAUAACCUCUGUUAAACAAUUGGUUUGCGCACUGGUGUCUGAACAUAGCAGCACUGGUUCCAUACCCAUGUGGCGCAGCCAACUUGGGUACCUGACUCAUCAGAGGGUUGGGUGAAGGUAAGACAGAAAGAGAAGAGAUAGACACUGCCUUUACUGAAAAAUAGCUGGCUUCACUAAAAGUGUGGUCUCUAACACCUCACUC